AUGUCAUAUAAAUGCCCUUUUUGUCCAAGGUACUUCAGCACAAGGUCUGCAUACACUAAACAUAAGAAUUUUUGUACUCCACCUAAUAACGAUAGUAGCGAUAGUGAAGAAUUAGAAGAAUUUGAACAUAAAACUAAUAAUCAUGAUAUCGAGAGUUUUCAAAGUAUGAUGUCAAUUUCAGAGGUUGGUGAAAUUGAUCAAAAUAUAGAAGAAAUAGACCACGAUGAAAAUGAAAAUGUCUUUGAAAAUAUCUUGGAAGAUUCUGAUUCAGAAUUAAAUGAAGAAGAAUCCAAACCAGAAAUUAAUGUUAAUUAUCCAAGUGAAGUAUAUGGUGAUUUAAUGGCAUUAGUUACGAAACAUAAACUUAACAAUGUGACAGGAAAUGCUAUAAUUAAAUUCUUUAAUAAACAUGCAAAUUUAGAUAAAUCACCUCUUCCAAGAUCUAUCAAACAAGGCCGCAAAUAUAUGGAUAAUAUGAAACUACCAAAUUUAAAUUAUACUAAAACUAGUAUAAUGAAUUAUAAUAAUAAUGAGUAUUUUCUUUAUCAUCAGUCUUUAAUAAACUGUAUAAAAAAUAUUUUGUCAAUUUCGGACAUAUCACAAAAUUUUGCAUUAACUUUUGAGAAAGUUGAGCAUAACAGUGAAAGGGAGUUUAGCGAACAAAAUACUGGGAUAUGGUGGGAAAAUGCAGAAAAAUCCCUGCCACCUGGAGCCAAGCUUUUAUCUUUAAUAUUAUAUUCUGAUGCUACAAAUGUUGACACACUAGGAAAAAGUCAACUCCAUCCCAUUUACUUGUCUAUUGGUAAUAUUAAAAAUUGGAGGCGUAAUAAGAAAGAUGCAAAGCAAUUAUUAGCGUAUCUGCCGAUCUUAAAAUCUAAUAAUAUUACUGAAAGGAAGUCUGAAACAUUUAAGAUUGCUGUUUGCGAAUGCUUCCAUAAAUCUUUGGAAUUGUUACUAGACCCUUUAUUAAAAUUAAAUAAAAAUGGCAUUGAUCUAUUUUUAAAUAACGAAAUGAUUUGGUUUUAUCCUAGAGUUUCAGCUAUAAUAUGUGACUAG